AACCGAAUUUUGGCGAAGAAGACGAUGAGACGUCCUCCUAUUUUCGGUCGGCCUUCGACCACUGGACCGAAUUGAACUUGUCCGACAAUUUUUCGCAGUUUAUUCGUCGAGUCAACCCGCUAUGCGAAAGUCUCGCCCAAAUUUUGUACUAUGAGGAUAAAAUAUUCGGCCUGCUGGUGGAGUUCAUCGAGAAGCGCGAUCAACUUUCCAUGGAGCCGCUGCUGAGUCUUCUGGCUCAGUUUGCGAGGGACCUGGGCGCGCGGUUCGAAAAGCACUUUGCUACUUCGGUGAGUUUGGUGGCUUCCGUUGCCGCCACUCACCCGGAAGUCGAAGUCGUGGAAUGGAGUUUUACGUGUCUCGCCUGGAUUUUCAAGUUCCUUUCGCGACUCCUCGUUCCGGAUUUGAGACAGCUGUUGGGUAUCAUGACUCCGUACCUGGGAAAGGAACGCCAGAAGCCGUUUGUGGCCCGAUUCGCCGCCGAAUCCAUGUCCUUCCUCAUACGAAAGGCGGGUCUGGUCUACUACAAGAACAACACGCCCCUCCAGCGUGCGGUAUCAUUUUUGCUGCAUGACUUGCGACAGACGGAAGCGGAAUCCAAGAGUGUCGAAAUAUACAAGGAAGGAUUGAUGGUCAUGUUCUCCGAUGCCAUAAAAGGCAUCAAGUACGGGAUCCAUUCCAACGGAACUGAUAUUCUCAGCUGUAUCCUGGAUAACAUUGCUACCGACGAUGGUCUGCAGAGCAACCUAAGUCUAGAAGUCGCCAGCGGUGUUCUUGUCAACGUCAUGCACGGCACAACUUCCGAGACAUUCGAACCGAUCUUGAGCACGGUAAUAUCUUAUGCCGAAAAGCACGGCCGAAAGGCUGGGAAAGAGCAAGCGGAUGCCUCUUGCCGUCUGAUUUUCCAGUGCGUGUCUGUCCGUAAAGGAUCGCGCGUGAGGAAUUGGAAACCUGUUCUCCAGACCUUGCUUCUUCUGUUGCAGUCGGCAUCCGCUGCGCCUGAAGCGUAUGCCGAGGCUGCACCCCAGCUCCUGACAGCUGUCGCCUAUUCGCUUCAACUGGCUCCCAUGGAUGAAAUGCUACCGUUUAUGCGCUCCAUAAUGGAAGCUGUUACGAGUGACGUCCUCUCCAAGCACUUCUUAUCGUUCUGUGCCACCUUCUCGGAGUGGGGUGCAGAGAAGUUCCAUAGUGUCGUUCUGCCAUAUUUCCAAAAGUUCGUCAACGUUUCAUGGCAGGAGCAUGAAUACGAGCUUUGUUUGGCCCUGCUUCGCUUGAGCCAGUCUGGCUGCAUCACAUCCGAAGCGUCCAAACCCGGAUAUAUCACCUGUCCCGGCCCCUGGAAAAAUCGGAUCAAAGAUACCCUGAGCAACAAGAAGCCCAGCGCUACCGACGUUACUCUUCUCAAUGCAUACUCUCAGCUUCCCGCGGCCUUGUCUCUAUCUACAGAACCAUCGCUUUUACCCGACAUGAGCCAGAUAUUCCAUGAUCAGUUGGCCCGCAUCCUGAAGAGCAACGAGUCCGACCUGUCUCCUGCGACCAAGUUUUUCCUUGGACAGGGAUUUAAGAGUUAUGUGGAACUGGCCAAACUCACCGGGGGCUUGGAUACGGAUCUUUGGGAUCAAAUCAGUGCAGUUGCAUCCAAGUACUCGCGUCUGGAUGUUUUCCUUGAAGCGACGCUUGCUUACGUCUCGACAUGUUCUGUGCAACUUGAUCUUAACAAACCUUCGUUGGAGGAGUUUGCUGAUGUGUUGAUCACCAAUCUUGGUGGUCCAUCCCAUCACCUGAGGCUGUUGUCGCUGAAGAUUUUGCGGGCAAUAGUUGAGGCUUCGGGCGAAGAUGCUUCACUAAUUUCCGUGGCCAUCGAAAUUGAAGAGAGCCCUUUAACCCUCCAAUCCGCCAGAUUUCUUGCAAUGCAGGUCCGUAAGCUUGCUAUUGCUUAUCCGCAAGUCGUUUCACGCAGGUGGAUGCCUCGACUGAUUCCAAAUUUCUGCUUCGGGCUAUUCUCCAAGAAGAUGGCCCCGUUGUGGGAUGAUUCUGCUGCUGCUCUGAAGACAGUGAGUGAGCAUCCUGAGGGAGAAAAGAUUGUGUCAGAUUUGGCCAUUCAGUGGCUCGAAGAAAGAGGCUCGGUGCCCACGGAAGAGCCUGAGGAAGAAGCCAUGGAUAACUUCACAUCUGGGGAUUUCCAGUGCUUUAACGCCGCCAAGAUUGAGAGCGUGUGUGCUAAAAACUUUGGAUGUCUCGAGAAGCCCGCUUCGAUCUUGCUGCAGAAUUUCGAGAAGGAUCAUAAGUUCUCGGAAGUUGUGCCUGCUUCUCCUCGGACCCACGCGCUGCGAGUUCUGAAUGCAAUUCCGAAUAUCGCCGAAAAGCGUUCUCGCCAGGUAAUUCCACUGUUCCUUUCCUGGGCAACGCGCGACGAGGAAGAUGCCCCCUCUGGCACCAACAACAAGUCUGAGGAGUCUGGUUACAUUACGUGGGGUUUCCACGAUCGACUGGCUUUCUUAGGGCUUCUAGGCCAAUUUGUCAAUCCCAAGGUCUUGUUCAGAGCGCCUGAGGUCCACGAUGCCCUAUUUGGGUUGCUCUGUCAUGGUAACUCCGAAAUUCAAAAGUCGACCCUUAAGGCUCUUUUCACAUGGAAGUCUUCCAGCGUCACGCCUUACCGAGAAAAUCUGCUGAACAUUCUUGACGAGUCGCGGUUCAAAGAUGAGCUUUCGAUCUUUGUUCAUGUCGGUGGUGAAGAUAGCCUCAUCGAUGAAUCCCACAGGGGUGAUCUCAUUCCCAUACUUCUCCGACUGCUGUACGGAAGGAUGAUCUCAAAGGCUGGAGCGAGCGCGACCCAGGCAGGCCAGCAGGGACGGAGGAAGGCUAUCCUGAGAACCUUAUCACAGUUGCCUGAUCGAGAAUUUGAACAAUUCAUGCAGGUUUCCUUCGGCCCUCUUAGUGAUGUCCACCUGAUUCAAGACGGCAAGAUUGACAAGCAGGCUCUUUCUCGCGAAAUCACCAGCCCAAGAAGACAGAUGGGUCUGCUGAGAAUGAUUGAGACUGUGUUCGAGACGCUCCAAAGCCGGAUGGCGCCUUAUGCGCAACAGUCAAUGGACGUUGUCUUAUAUUGCCUGGUUCAGGCAUGCCGUGAACUAGGAAAAGAGCAACCCACAGAGACUGUCGAUCCACAGAGAGAACGACUCUUGACAGUGUUGCGCAACAUCCGAUACACGUGUAUCAGGUGUCUUGAACUUAUUUUCUCUAUCUCGCUGGACCGAGAUUGGGCUCCCUAUGUCCGGGUUAUCUUCGACGAAGUAAUUAACCCGAGACUCGAUAACUUUGCGACGGAAACUACCCAAGGUGUGUCUGGGCUCCUCAAAUUGUUCCGUGUAUGGGCGAUGGCUCCUAGAUCCUCGUUCUAUCUCGUCGAGUACAACAAUGCUCUCUUGACCAAAAUCCUCGACUGUCUUGGAGUAGAAUCAGCCCGUGAUGAGGUCAAGAUCUAUGUCUUGGAUGAGAUUUUGAACCCACUGAUUGGGCUUUCCACUGGGAAGCAGCUCGAAGAACAGGAGACAAUGGGCGAUUUCUCUGCGGAUGAGAUCCGAUCCGCAGUUCUGGCACCCUACAUUGAGCAUUCUCUUUCUCAUCUCGGUGGACUUUUGAAGCGGGGUCCUUCGAAACACUUGCUGAACUCCGGUGUCCAGACUCUAUCCCUACUUGCUCCAUGUGUGGAGUCAUCGGGAGAGACUUCGCGCUUGGUCAACAUCACGACCUAUCUCCUCCGCCAGCCCGCUGAUCGAGUUUCGCCGAAGACCAAGUCUGGUCUUUUGCGCAGUUUGGAGCACUUUUUGCCCUUGUAUAAUCCUAAGGAAGACCCGAAGCUUCUCGAGGAAGUUUAUGGGGCUGUUUCUUCCCUGUUCGAUUAUUUCAGGGAUGACGCCAACCGAGAGGUUCUAUCUAGGGUUUUCACGGCGUUCUCAAAGCACGAUUCCGAGCUCCUUGAGGUGGCAAGCCUUUGCGAGGACCUAAACUCCAGGUCAAUGAAGAAGCUUGAAGUGGAUUACGAACGGCGACUGCAGGCCUUCAGAACGAUCAACGAGGACCGGUGGGGAACAUUCAACGCUAAGCAGUGGCGGCCCCUACUCUUUAACAUGCUCUACUAUGUCAAAGAUGAUGAUGAACUUGCUAUUAGAACAAGUUCCUCUUUUGGUCUGAAAAGGUUCAUGGAGAGAGCUACCGCUAAUAACGGCAGCGACGAGGAAGAAUUCGAACCUUUGGUGAAUGAUGUUUUAUACCCCGGUUUGCAGGCUGGCAUCCGGCAAAAAUCAGAGUUGAUCCGAUCGGAGUUUGUCUCCGCUCUUGGCUAUUUCGUCAAGUUGAACCCGGACAGACCUGCUGUGCAGGAUAUGCACGUGCUGCUUGUCGAUGAUGAUGAAGAAGCCUCUUUCUUCAACAACAUUCUCCACAUCCAGCAGCAUCGCCGUCUCCGAGCUCUGCGCCGUCUCGCUAGCGAGGCAGCUCAAGGCAAAUUGCAAGCCUCGAACAUCAGUACCAUCUUCAUUCCGCUCAAUGAACACUUUGUGUUCGAUGAGGAGGUGGAGGAGAGUGGUCAUAACCUGAUAGCCGAAGCUGUGGCCACGAUCGGUGCUCUUGCCGAGUCGUUGGAGUGGAGCCAGUUCAGGGCUAUUUUCCGCAGGUAUCGUGGAUACAUGCAGAGUAAGUCCGAGAUGGAAAAGAACAUUCUCAGACUCUUGGGCAGGAUGUCCGAUGCCUUGACGACCGCUAUGAGCCAAAAGGGUGUGCCUCGAGAAACUACUGGGGAUGAAAUGGAGGGAGUCGAAGCCACGACGACUUCGAAAUGUAACCUGGCGCGAACACUGCCAUCUGUGGCCAAGGUUGCGACGGAGCUGACCACGAACUUCACGCCUUUCCUCACUGACUUCAUUCACCACAAGGAUGAAGCCCAGAUGAGUCUGCGUCUGCCAGCUGCGGUGACAGUCAUCAAGCUUCUGAAGUUGCUGCCGGAGGCCGAAAUGGCUAUCCGUUUACCACCCGUUCUAUCGGAUGUCUGCAGCACCCUCAAGAGUAAAGCUCAAGAUUCUCGAGAUACGGCGAGAAAGACAAUCAACGAUAUCGCCUUGCUUAUGGGGCCUGUUUACUUCGCGUAUAUUCUCAAGGAGCUCAGAGGUACUUUGACCAAGGGAUACCAGCUUCACGUUCUCUCCUUCACCGUCCAUUCCAUGCUCGUGGUGACAACAGACGAGUUCAACCAAGGAGAUUUGGAUUAUUGCUUGGGAGAUCUUACUGCGGUAGUGAUGGACGACACUUUCGGAACUGUUGGUCAAGAGAAGGAUGCAGCGGAUUAUAUCAGCAAAAUGAAGGAGGUGAAGAGCAGCAAGAGUUACGACUCGAUGGAACUCCUUGCCAAGAAUGCCUCUGUUCAGAAUCUGGCUCGUCUUAUCCAGCCUCUCCAGUCGCUUCUCCGGGAGAAGUUGAACUCUAGCAUCGUGAGAAAGGUCGACGAGCUUUUGCGAAGAAUCGGAGUCGGCCUUUUGAGAAAUCCCGGGGCAGAAAGCCGCGAUCUUUUGGUGUUCUGCUAUGAAGUCAUCAAGGAUUCAUACACGGACCCCACGAAAGGCGAGAAACAGACCAAUGUCUCUGCUGCAGAGGAGCGGUUCUUGGUCCGGAUACGAAAACGGGGCGAGAAGCGAGACACGACUUCUUCUCAUGUCUACAAGCUGACGCGCUUUGCGCUCGAUAUUCUGCGCUCGAUCCUCAACAAGCACGACUCCCUGCUUACGCCGGCUAACGUCUCCGGUUUCAUUCCAGUUAUUGGAGAUGCACUGGUCCAAUCCCAUGAGGAAGUGAAGGUCUCGGCUCUUCGGUUGCUGUCGACAAUCAUCAAACUUCCCCUGCCCGAAAUCGACGACAACUCCCAUGUUUACUUCACUGAGGCCGUGAAGGUGGUCAAGGAAGCACCCAGCACGAAUACUGAAGCUGCCCAGGCAUCGUUGAAACUGAUUUCCUCCAUGCUACGGGAAAGAAAGAGCACCAAGCUUAGGGACGGACACCUUGCUUAUCUUCUCCAGCGUCUCACAUCUGACAUCGAGGAGCCAGAUCGCCAAGGUGUGACCUUCAACUUCAUUCGGGCUGUCAUGUCCCGAAAAUUCGUGGUUCCUGAAAUGUACGAGCUGGUCGACCAUAUCGCUUCUAUGAUGGUUACCAACCAAACUCGCUCGGCGCGUGAUCUGGCCCGCGGUGUUUACGUUCACUUCCUUCUCGAGUAUCCUCAGGCCAAGAACCGGUGGACGAAACAAUUAAGCUUCAUGGCCAAGAACCUUGAAUACAAGCAUCCCGAAGGUCGCCAGUCCGUCAUGGAGGCGAUCAACAUGCUGCUGUCGAAGACGGGACAUGAGCUGGCUCAGGACAUUGUCGGCACUUUCUUCCUGCCGAUGGUCAUUGUCAUGUCGAAUGACGACGCGCCUGAGUGCCGUGAGAUGGCAGGUGCUCUACUGAGUCAAUUUUACAGCAGGGCAGACCGGGAACAAAUGAGGACCAUCCUCACGCCCCUUCGAUCGUGGCUCGAGCAGACCGAGAACUUGCUUCUGACCAGCACCGGUCUACAGGCCAUGAGAAUUUACUUCGAGUCGGAAGAGACGGAAAAGGAGAAGGAAGCUCGUUUUGUCCGCGACACCCUGCCGUCCGUAAUGCAGCCCGUUCUCGAAACCGACGGUACAGAGAAUUGGCAAACGCUCUAUUUCGCGCUCCAGCUCUUCGCCAAGCUCUGCAAGGCCGUCCCUUCGAUUGCGCUUUCCAAGGACUGUGCUAGCAUCUGGGUGUCUAUCCGGGAGUGUCUUUUCUAUCCCCAUGCUUGGGUUAAGACCUGCGCCGCGAACCUUGUUGGUACUUGGCUUGCAGACCUUGCCAAGUCGAACGCGACAAACGGCUACGAUUCUCUUCCUUUGACCGGUUCCGCCGGACUGACGCUUGACAAGGACGCGAUGAUCCACUUGAUCCGUGCCAGUUUGCGUUGCCUGCGUACGCCCGCCGUCAGCGAGGAACUUGCUAUGCAGAGCGUGCGCAACAUCAUCUUCCUCGGCCGUUGCUGUGCCCAAAAUGGCCUGGUACUGCCCAAGACCGGAAACAAUGAAGCCGAAUCGGAGGACAGCGAUAGCGACGAGGACGCCGAUGAGGAAGAGACGACGCAGAAGGAGCAGUCCGCCCUGCACUACAUCUUUGUCCAAGCAUCUUCCAUCCUACGCCGGGAAUUCAUCAACACGCGGGCAGCAGCUCUGAUACCCAAGACCGCCUCCAUUGGGCUUCUGGCCGCUCUUUUCCGGCAUCUCGAGGCAGAGCAGAUUCAGCCCUCUCUCUCCGUCAUCCUGGUUCCUCUUCAGCAUAUGACGGAUGCAUCCAUCCCGCCACCCCGUUCGUCCGACGAGGGCUUCCGCAACUCGUACAAGACCCUUGUGUCGAACUGCCACGAGGUCCUUGACCUCAUCCAGAAGAAACUGGGCACUACGGAAUUCGUGAACCAAAUGGCGCUCGUCCAGGAUGCCAUCAAGGAACGACGCGAGGGCCGACGAGCCAAGAGACGCAUCGAAGCCGUGACCGAGCCCGAGAAAUACGAGCGCGACAAGAAGCGCAGGAACGACCGGAAGCACGACAAGAGAAGGGAGAGAGGAAUGGAGCACCGGUCCAGAAGACGUGGGUGGUAAGAGGUGCUCGGAUUUACGGAUUGUACCUGCCAGCAUGUUGUGAUGUGAAUAUACAAAAACAAAAGUCCGGAGUUAGGAGAUCUGGGAUAGAUUUGCAUUUAAUAGU